UGCCGCCAACAGAAAACCCUAACCGACGAUACCCCGAAGAUCAAAGCGAUCAAUCGAAAGACUCCGAUCGCCAACGGGAAGGAGAACCCUAGAGCUUCCUCCGCCCCUCGCAGGAAUCCUGCGGCCGUUCCCGCCGUCCGAUGGUCCACGUCGUCGCUUCUAAGAGGCAAGUCCCUGAACCCCUCGGAUCUAAACCCCAGAGCUUCAGGAUCGCUGGAGACUAAAGAUGUGGGUCCUAAAGUCCGGGUUUUGGAUAAGAAGGGGAAAGAUGCGAAUUUGAAACCUAACUUGUUGAGGAGGGCUAGCUUGGAUGUUGAUUUGCGGAAACCUGGUGGAAAAGAUUCUAGGGUUUCAAAAGAAAUUGCUCCCAAAUCCAUCGUGGAGCUUAGUAAAGGCAAUGCUUUAGUUGCGAAUUCCAAAUCUUCUGAGUUGAAUAAUUGUGAUGCUGUUCGGGUUUCAAAAGAAUUGGCUGCUAAAUCCGCCGUGAACAAACGUAAAGGUGAUGCUUUAGUUGCAGAUUCCAAAUCCUCUGAUCUGAAAGCUUGUGAUGUUAUUAGAGCUCCCGAUGAUAUAAACAAAGCGAAUGCAUCUGAUAAACCCAUCAGUGAUGUUAUUAAGUUAGAUGAGAUUACUGGAAAUAGUAUUAGAGAAGAAAAAAGUUGCAUCAAAGUUUUUGAGAAUUCCAGUGAGAAUGGUGUUCGAGCUGUUAACAAAUAUCCAAGCAAGCUUCAUGAAAAGCUUGCUGCAUUAGAGGGAAGAGUCCAAAGAAUUGCUUCUGACAUCAAAAGGACCAAAGAGAUGUUGGAUUCAAAUAAUAAUCAGAAAGAAUCAAAGUUGAUCCUUUCUGAUAUUCAGAAGAAGAUAUCCGGAAUUGAGAAUGCAGUGAGUAGUGUAGUGGAUGGUGAUGGAAGUGAGUUGGGUCUUCGUGAAAUUAUAAAAGAUAACAGCUUGCAAGGUGAAAAAGUGAAUGUCCAAAAUUCGAAUGGUAAGGGAUUGAAACUUGAGGAGUUGGAAGCAAGGUUUUUCCCUCAUCAGAAACUAAUUAAGAACAGAAUGGCGUUGGAUGGUAAAUCUGACUUGUGUAAGCCUAAAGGUCCUAUGAGCCCUAUUGAUGAAAACCCUAUUGCACUAGAGUUCUUAGCUUCUCUAAACACAGAUCAAGCAGACUUCAAAAAAGAUUGCAGAGUUUUAAAGGCAGAAUUGAGCGGGAUUCGUGAAAUGGGCGUGGAAAGCACUGCUUCGGGGGCUAAUUUUGAAUCGAAGAAGGUGGCCAGUCUGCAAUGCAGUGAGGUUGCACUAAUUGCAACCGAAAAGAUUGAUGAUUUAGAUGAUCAAGAAACCAAGCCAGGGAUUAUGGUGUUUGAAGAUGCAGAGGAUUCUUUUAAAACUCAGAUAUUCGAAAUUGGUCACAAAUCCUCAACUGGAGGAUGGUUUGUUUCUGAGGGGGAAGCUGUUCUUUUAACUCACAAUGAUGGCUCGUGUUCGUAUUAUGACAUUGCGAAUUCUGAGGAGAAGGCAGAGUACCAACCCCCAGAAAGUGCGUCCAGUAACUUGUGGGGUGAUUGCUGGUUAAUUCGCACCACUGGUUCUGAUGGAUGCUCUGGGAGGUUUGUCGUGGCAGCAUCAGCUGGGAAUAAUUUGGAAUCUGGCUUCUGUUCGUGGGAUUUCUACACAAAAAAGAUUAAAGCAUUUCACGUCGAGGACGAAAACUCAAAUUCCUUCUCAAUUUCAUCAUCUAGGACUGCACUCGCUCCUCUAACUAAUACAGGAAGAAGAAGUGUUUCAUGCACAAUGCAACCUGUGGAAAGACAAUGGUGGUAUAAACCAUGUGGGCCACUCUUGAUCUCUACUGCCAGCAGUCAGACUAAAGUUAGUGCUUACGAUAUUCGCGAUGGGGAACUUAUAAUGAAAUGGGAUGUAAAUAGUCCAGUGGUAGGGAUGGAAUACUCGAGCCCUCUGCAGUGGAGAAGUAGAGGGAAGGUGAUUGUGGCAGAAACUGAAGCAGUUAGUCUUUGGGAUGUUAAUUCUCUAACUCCACAACCUUUGCUGACUGUCAAUUCCUCUGGUAAAAAGAUUCACUGCCUUCAUGUGAACAAUACUGAUGCUGAAAUUGGGGGAGGGGUUCGCCAAAGAGCUCGUUCAUCAGAAGUGGAAGGAAACGAUGGCGUCUUCUGCACCCAAGAAAGCAUUAAUGUCUUUGAUCUCCGUCUCCCUUCUGGAGUUGGUCUUAAGAUAUCGAAACAUGGAGCUAACGCACACUCAAUCUAUUCCUACGGAGACUCCAUAUUUAUGGGAAACACAGAAAGAAGAUCAUCAGCAAGAAACAGAUCUCAAUCUAAUGUGCAACAAUUCUCAUUGCGCAAAGGAAAGCUCAUGGCUACGUAUGUACUUCAAGAUUCUGAAUCUCACGCCCAUCAUUCUUCAAUAACUCAAGUAUGGGGAAACUCAAACUUUGUCAUGGGAAUAAAUGGUAUGGGGUUAUCAGUUUUUGAUGCUUACAAGGAUGGCACUAUGCAGUCUUUCGGCAUGAAUGACGGAAGUAUUAUUGAGGUUAAAGAGACGAUUGGUCCAGAUGACUUGUAUUGCCCUACUUUUGAUUAUUUGGGAUCAAGGGCUCUGGUUAUUUCUCGAGAUCGUCCUGCAAUGUGGAGGUACUUGUUAUAGUUACUUGUGUAUGAGGUAUAAGUUAUUAGUGUAUCUGUGUGUUAUCCUAGUGAGAAUGUAUUUGCGUUUUGUCUUUGUUCGGUAAGAAACUUGUUACUGAAGAGGAAUGAAGAUGUUUCUGUUUGCAAAA